AUGAGCUGGCUAAAACCCUUGAGUCCUUUAGGAAGGAAUAAAACUCCCGGAAGUGAUACCUUACCAGCCGGGUUGUACUCGGCUCAGUGGGACGUGAUUGGCCAGGACCUGCUGGAGGUAUAUGACAACAUUCUUCUGGCAGGUAUUGAACAAAAUGGCCUGGAUUUCACUCGGCAGAUCAAAACUGAAGAUCAGAGUGAUUCUCCUGCACAGGUACCAGCAGAGGCAGGUCACCUUCGCUCCUGUGAGGCUCCUUCCAUGGUGUCAGGCAGUCCGAUGUCAGCAGACCUGCAGCCACUUCACACCCUGCAGCAACUUGUGGUGGUACCUGGACAUCACUUGCAAACAGCAGCAACAUUCCUCCUCCCCCAAACACAACAAAGCCAACAAGGUUCGCUGCAAUCUCCAAACCUGUUGCCGUUGACCUCACAAUCACAAAGCAGUCUCCUGCCACCCCAGCCUGGUAUGGGGAUCACGCCACAGGCAGCCAUUCGGCCAAGUCUAGUGGGCUCAGCCUUGGAGCCACAUUUGGAAACUCUUCCUCCACUUCAGGUUCCAAAACACAUUGCCCCAAAGCAUGUUACAUCUGUCCAGACAGAUGAACCCAGCGACUUGGAGGAGCUCGAGCAGUUUGCAAAAACAUUCAAGCAAAGGCGGAUUAAACUGGGGUUCACACAGGGUGAUGUGGGAUUAGCAAUGGGAAAACUCUAUGGAAACGAUUUCAGUCAAACGACCAUUUCUAGGUUCGAGGCUUUGAACCUGAGCUUCAAGAACAUGUGUAAACUCAAGCCGCUGUUGGAGAAAUGGCUGAGUGACGCAGAAAACGUUCCUUCUGAUUCCACACUGAACAGCCUGACAUCUCUCCCCACACAACUGAUUGGGUUGGAGGGUCUUGGCCGCAAAAGGAAGAAGCGGACGAGCAUUGAGACCAAUAUUCGGGUAACACUGGAGAAGCGUUUUCGUGAGGUGAACAGAUCAAGAAUAUUUAUCCCUGAUCAGAUUGGGUCAGCUCCAGGAUAA